AUCUCUGAAGGCUACACUACAACACAGCAGUGCAGAUCACACACUACUACUGAAUUUGUCUCUUUUCCUGAGUGUAAUUCUGUCUGUUGUUCUGAUCUCGUCUGACAGCUGCUCGCCUGUGUCCUGAACCCUUGUUGUCAGGGCUACCUCUCCAUGGAGACGCAUUCCCAAAAGGUUGAGAGGAGGGCUUUAAGGUAAAGGAGACCCUCACCUUGAUGGAGCAACAAGUUAAGAGGAAGAGGAAGAAGAAGGAAAGGCUGUAGGUGGAGGGAUUAGAGACAGUUUCACACUGGAGACACGAGAAGAGUAUAAUUCAACUGAAGGAAAGAAAAAGAAAAGUUGCAUGAAUUUAGAGUGAAUUUGUCAGAAUGGGCUAUGAACUGGAGAGGUUUGUGGGCUAUGUGAAUGAAGGGCUGCUGUGCUGUGUGUGUCGAGACGUGUUGGAUCGCCCCCUCCAGGCCCCCUGUGAACAUGCCUACUGCAGUGCCUGCAUCAGCAGCUGGCUGCUCCAUCACCACUCCUGCCCUGAGGAUAGACUGCCACUGGAUGUUGGCAGCCUCAAACCCCUGUACAGGUAUAUGCGUAAUGACUUAAACCGCCUGCAGAUCCGUUGCGUGAAUGCAGGGCAGGGUUGUGAGGUGGUCUGCUCUCUGGAGACCCUGCACACACAUGAGGAUGAGUGUGAGUUUGCCUUCGUCUCCUGCUCUAACACAGGUUGUCCUGUGCAGGUAGAGAGGCGGGGUUUGGAGGCUCACUUGGCAGAAUGUAACUUCCGCAGCAGGGAGUGUCCAAACGGCUGUGGUCAUACCCUUCUCUCCAUUGAUCAAUCGCAGCAUAACUGUGUGGCCGAGCUGCGCACAGAGGUGGAGAUGCUCAGGGCAGAGAUGCUGUGCAAGGUUGAAGAGGUGAGACGAGAGAUGGAGUCUCGGUUGGACUCGCAGAGGAGACACAUGGUUCAGAAAGAGUCGCAGCUGAAGAACGAUGUGGAGGAACUCAAGGAUCAGUUGUCCCGCGUAAUGUGCGACAUGAGAGCCCUGUUAGGAGCCGAGCGCCUCAGGAGACAGGAGUUGGCAGAAGCCGAGCUGGAGAAGAGGGAAUUGCUGGAGCUCUUUAGAGACCUGCAUCCUACCAGGAAUCAGCAGCUUGUAGAACCAGCAGUCAGGGAGCAGCUUCAGGGAGACUUGCACGCAACUGGAUGGGACCCACAUGUCGAAGUGACAAGACACCAGCAGAGGGAGUCACCUUUACACGCCUCCAGCCUCUCACUACAUUCAGCUCAGGCUAUGAAUAUCUCAGGUCCACCUCAAUCACCUCAGCUGGGAGAGGGGGCCCGCAAGGUUGGGACAAGGAGCCUGACUCUCGACUGCAUCAAGAGGAAGAGUCGGGAGGUGACGGUCAUCUGAGAGGACUGAACCAGU